AAAAAAAUGUCAAUGUUUGUUGGUUAAUGCGAAAAUAGUGAAGCGAAUAAGGAAUAUAUGAGUUAUUUAGUGAUAAUUAGACAUAAAUAAUUAGAAAAAAGCAGUCAUGGGGUUACUAACAGAUCCAAGAGCUGGAAAUAUGAAAAUAAUUAAAAUCAUCGUGAGAUGGGAGACACAAAUAUGUGCUUUGAUGUACAUUGCCGGAAUUAUUUGGAUGAUGUUGCUUGCAUUACCGUAUUUUAAUGACAGUACAUAUUUUUCGGAAAAUGCAUUACUACCUGGUCUUGUUACCAAAGAGAGUAAUUUAGAAUCCACAGCUAGACAGUAUUAUCGCGAGCUCCUUGAUGAAAUGUCCAAAGAUCCUAAUCGCAUGCCAUUACCAUGGAUAUCAGCUAAAUUAAAUCAAUUACACCUGGAUGUUUAUACUCACAACUUUAGUCUUAAUUAUCCGUUUCAAAAGCACCAAUUCACCGGUCAAAAUAUUUAUGGAAUAGUCAGAGCACCAAGAGCUGCUAGCACUGAAGCUAUUGUCAUCAGUGUUCCUUUCAGAAAGCUAUCAAGUGUUCAUCCUUUAACAGCACCAUCAAUAGCCUUGCUGCUGGCAUUCGCUAAAUUCUGCAGGAAAAAAAAAUAUUGGGCCAAAGAUAUUAUUUUUCUAAUAACAGAGCAUGAACAGUUGGGCAUGCAAGCUUGGUUGGACGCCUAUCAUGGUGUUGUGAGUGGUCAGAAAGGCGUGCUGAUACCUGGAGAUUUAUCCGGUCGUGCUGGAUCUAUUCAAGCUGCUAUCAAUCUUGAGCUACAUUCCAUAAAAGUCUCAUAUAUUGAUGUCAAAGUUGAAGGACUUAACGGUCAACUACCGAACUUGGAUCUAUUUAAUCUAGCACAAAAUAUGAUCAAAAAAGAAGAAAUCAAACGGUCAUUCCAACGACGGUUUGAUAUUCGAAGCAAACAUGCUUUCAAAGAAUGGUGGUAUUAUUUUAAUACUUUGUCUUCAAUGAUCUUUACUCAAGCCACUGGAGUUCCUACUGGAAAUCACGGGCUUUUUCACCGGUAUGGCAUUGAAGCAAUCACACUAGAAGGCUUUGAAGCAACAGACAAAAAAACAGGAGUUAAUUUCCAUCAACUUGGAAGAGUUAUUGAAAGUAUUGUUAGAUCCUUAAAUAAUCUUCUUGAACGAUUUCAUCAGUCUUUCUUCUUUUAUUUACUACCAUCUACUGAUCGGUAUAUUUCUAUUGGACUCUAUAUGCCAUCGCUAGUGCUAAUAGUGGGCAGUCUUUUCAUAAAAGCCUUUUCAAUAUGGGUAAAAAUGCAAGACUCGACAUCAAAAGUCGACCCAACCACCAAAGAAGCAACACUAAAAUCUGAUGAAAGCGAAGAAAAAUCAUCAGAAAUCCAAGUGGGAAAUAUUGCAUCUGAUUUCCUAUGGAGUCACAUUUUUGGAGUGGCUGUCAUGUCAUCACCUCCACUGCUAACAAGUCUAGGAGCUCAAUAUCUCCACUUGCAGACUGAAGACUCUAUUUACUACGGAUUUUUUAUCAUCACAUUAAUCACAUGGACAUACUUUAUAUUCACAAAAAGAUCUUCAAAGCCUGAUAGCAUAUCCCAAAUCCGAGUUAUCGUUCUCGUUGAAUUUUCGACAUCAUUAAUGUGUAUUGGAAUGCAUAACUUCUCGUUAGCUCUGCUCACAGGCAUCAUUUACGUGCCAGCGAUUCUACUGAUAACUCCAAAUGAGAAUUCGAAUUCAAAGGCUCGACAUCUACUCAAGCUUACAUGGAUCCUAUUGCAUCCAUUUAUGAUCAUCUCCAUCAUCAUUAGUGCUGUAACGUAUAACAAUUUCCCUGAAGAAUCAUUGUCGUCUUUAUUUGUCAGAUCCAUUGAUGCGACAAAGAAGGCACUUGUGUUCAGUAUUGUUGAUUCAAUGAUUUAUGGAAAUUGGUUGUUUCAUGCGGCAACUAUCAUUUUACUUCCAGUUUGGCUUUUGCUUAGCAAUGUGAUCAGUACUAGAGUAGCACCUAUUUCCUAAGGUAAUUAAUAAUUAUAAUGAUAAUGAUAAAUAAUUCCAGUGUAGUUUCAAUUAUCUAUUAUUAUUAUUAUAAUUAUUGAUUAAUUUGCUGAUAAAGUAUUGUAAAUAUUUGUUAAGAAUGUUGGAAAGCUUUCGUGAUCACCUGGUUUGAUGAGAAAAAAUAUAAGAAGUUGAUUUGAUGAUGAGAAAAUUUUCUAUCAAGGACUAAGGUGAUCAACAAUUGAGACAUUGAUUUCAGCUGGACACCACCCAGAAGAUGGACAAAUGGUUAAAAUGAUGAAUAACUAAAAAUUAAAAUGUAUCAAGAUAUUUUUUAUCAUUCAAAACAAGAUUUCGUUGAUUAAAAAGCAUGGAAUGCUUUAGAUAAAAAGUUUUUUUAAAUUUAAAACCAUUUUUUGUCCAUCUUCGAGGCCUAACCAGCCAUCUUUCAGUUUCUCUUGAUCAGUAAAAUCCAUAAAACUAUUAGAAAUCUUGAAUUUAAAAAUUUCUACCAUUUUUUUCUAUAAAUCUGAUAUGAUAAGGAACAUUUUAAGACAUCAACCAUGAAGAUUCAUCAAUUUUUCGAUUUUUUACAGCCAGAUGACUGCGAAAGUAGCGAAAAUUACCAGAAUGUUUUUACGUCGCAUAAUUGAAAGAAUUAUAUUAAUGAUAAUUAGCUCUAAUAAAAUAGUCAUUAUGAUUUAACUGAGAAA